CCGAGAGAGGAGAUGUGGGCAGGACACUGUGUUACAGUAGCACACUGGGUUGCUGCUGUUUAGACAGGAGCGGUCCAGACUCCAUUGAGGUACCGGAUGAUGCAGAGACAGAGAGAGAGAGCGAGAGAGGUGCGCAGUAGGCUACUCUGUUCUCCUUGGAGACGUUUUCAAGUCGCUUAGUAGUGUUUUCACGUUUUUGCACUGAAGGAAGUUUUCUGAAAGAGGAUAAACUGUGGCUAGUACAACCUAUCCCCUAUGACUUGAUUGGGGGGAAGUGAGCGGAGUAAGUCGUGCCUCUGAGCCGUGCGGGUGUCGCGUUAGGGGGUGGCGUUCAAUUGGGAAGAGGCUGAAACCGUAUCAGGGUGAGAAGAGAUUAGCCCUGACAGCAAAUACAAGAUCUCCAUUGGGCUCGAGCUCCUCUCUCUUUCCUGACAAACCAUCACUCACCGACCAACUGUCACAGUUCGAAGAUGUCCUGCGCUUCAUAAACGAACGAGUGUUAUUCAGUUCCUCCGUUGUAGGCUUUCUAUACUGUAGCCUACCUGACGACAAGGCUGCAUGUUUUGGAUAUUUGGAUAGUAUAAACAGCGUAGUCAUUUUUGGAUUGCAGAUUUAUAUUGUUGUAUCGAAAUUACCAACGGAAAAUUCAUCCAUAAAUUUCUGGACGAGCGAUGUUAAUACUGGACAACUGAAGGGAUUGAUAGCCUACAACGCAUUAUAGGCUCCCUCCCAGCCUCCCAGGUUUAGUGUGGUGGUCUAGAAUGUAGGGAUGAUCCCUGUGGGAAGACUAAAGGCUCAGCCGCAGCUGUGGCAGAUAGAGAGAGAUCCCUCUCCAUGGCUGUGGAUGCUGCCUGGCCCUGGCCCUGGCCCUGGCCCUGCUGCUGCCUCGGGGUUCUGCCGACUGGGUGCCACUACCGCCCCUGCUGCCAUGCCACACCCUCACCAUCCCUUCCUGCUCUCCCCUCACCACCCUCCUCCGCUGCUCCAAGCCGUCUCCAGCUGGCAGCUGUCCAGUGAUCCAUUCCUGCCUCUGGGGAGGAUACCGACACACACAGCAGCUAACCCUGGCAUCGGUCAGUUUCCCCUGCAGAACGUCCAGUGGGAGCUGCCAUCUCCACGCCACAUGCUGGGGUUUCAGCCUUCUACCAACCUGGAGCUGGUCCCUGUGCUGCCCCAUGUGUACCGCUCAGUACUCCCUCCUUACCAUGGCAGAGGAUGGGUGGAGAAACGGGCCCCCGACUACAAGGCAUACUUGAAUAACACUCUAGCUCUGGAGACCACCUGGCUCACUCCGGAGGAAAUAGGAAUUUUCCAGCAGCAGGAAAAACCAUUGUUGAUGACAAAUCAAAUGGCAAUGAGCGUAUCUAGGCCAGCUGCUGCCUCCAGGAGCCUCCACUCUCUCCUCAUGUCACCCAGACCUGCUGCCUCCAGGAGUCUCCGCUCACUCCUCAUGUCACCCAGACGUAUAUCAGGUUGUCCUGUGGCUAUCAAGAGAGUGGGCAGGAACAAGAGGAUCGCUCUGGCAGCUGCCGCCAUGAUGGCCAUGGAAUCAGACCCCUCCAGACUCCGAGGGCCUUCGUCCUCCUCCUGCUCUCCCUCGUUCAUCCAUCCCCUCCACCUGUUCCAACUGUCACCAAUCAAGAUCCCCUUCCACCUGUCUCCACCUGGCCCAG